CUGCAUCAUCAUGCCUGAACCAUCGAAACCCGCCCCUAAGAAGGGUUCCAAGAAAGCCGUCUCCAAAACCACCAGCAAGACCGGCAAGAAGAGACGAAAGACCAGGAAGGAGAGCUAUGCCAUCUACGUGUACAAAGUCCUGAAGCAGGUCCACCCCGACACCGGGAUCUCCUCCAAGGCCAUGGGUAUCAUGAACUCCUUCGUGAGUGAUAUCUUUGAGCGUAUCGCCGGGGAGGCUUCCCGUCUGGCUCAUUACAACAAGCGCUCCACCAUCACCUCCAGGGAGAUCCAGACCGCUGUCCGCCUGCUGCUGCCCGGAGAGCUGGCUAAGCACGCCGUGUCUGAGGGCACCAAGGCCGUCACUAAGUACACCAGCUCCAAGUAAACUGCUUUUCUGCCAAGCAAACCCAACGGCUCUUUUAAGAGCCACCCACUUCGUCUGAAGAGUAAAUGUUCAGCUUAAGUGUUGUACUGUAAAACUUUAGAUUACAGUUAUUAUAAUGUUAAGCCCAUAAUGACUAUGACUGUGUGUUUGUCACUACCUGGACAAAACCCACUGAAUACUAUUAAAUACACCAAAUCUAUUGGGACCUUUUUAAUGUUAUUAGACAUUUCUGAAACACCGGGAUGUUUUGUCAACAAAGUUGAGGCUGCAUGCCAUGUAAUAGCUUCUGUAGGCAGCAUUGAGCUGUGGUAGAAAAGAAGAGCAGUCCUACCAGAGUACAGUCAUUAAUGUUUGGGUCUGAUGCACUGUUUAUGUAAGGUGUUUCAAAUGAAAGCUGUAUCUUGAACAUUUAAAGAGAAUGUGAAGAAACUGAAGUGGAUUUUCAAAUAAAUUCAUCUGAACAUAUCAGUCUGU